AUGAAUGUUUUGUUGAAGGUGGCAGUGAAGUGUGUAUCCUCUGAGAAGUUGUUGGCAAAUCCGAGUAAUUUUCUGCAAGAGGCUGCGAUCAUGCAUAAAAUGCGACACGAAUGUGUGGUACGUCUGUUUGGAGUGGUACUCGACACCAAAACGGUUAUGUUGGUUCGUUUUGCAAUGUAUACUCUUAUGAUUAUCCAUUUGUCACUUACUUAUUAUCCGAAAAAGUUUUCUCCGAUUUCGUUAACCAUCCUGAUAUGUUUCUCGCAAUCAUUGAAAUAUGAUUUUUUGUAA